CCCAAAUCUGGAACCAAAAAAGUGCAACUUGAACGGUUCGCAACUGUGUGGGGCCGCUUUCCUCACUUGCAUUCAGAUUCGCAUCUUUGUUCAUCAAAACACCAUCAAUGUCAACAAACCGCCGCCUCAUCGCAUCUGGAUUUUAAUAUUGAAAUCGUCCUCCCCUCAAUCACAGACUCUAAACCCAAAAGUAUCAUUCAACUCAUACGACUUUAGACAUGGACGUGCCCGACAUCACCCCCUCGCUGGAGAAGCUCAAUGUCGACCUCGACCAGCUAGAGGCCGCUCUGAAGCCCGUUCUCGGUGAUGUCGGUGAUGUAUCUUCCAAGUUGCCUCUUUUGGACAAGGCCAAGCUCUACGUUAUGGUGACUUAUGCCAUUGAGUCGAUUCUCUUCUCCUCACUACGUCUGAACGGUGUUGAUGCCAAAGAGCAUGCCAUUUUCACAGAGUUGACCCGCGUCAGGCAAUAUUUUGAGAAGAUCCAGAAUAUUGAGAACCCGCCCCAGGAGCGUGAGCAGACGGUCAACAAGGAGGCCGCUGCCCGCUUCAUCAGAUCUGACCUGGCCGAUGAUGAAGCUAUCAAGCAGAAGUUGACAGAGCUGAUCGCCAAAGAGAAGGCCAAGGCAGAGGCCAAGGAGGAGAAGAAGCGAGCAGCAGAUUCGAGCUCCGAGCCCAUUGCCAAGCGACCCAAGACCAAGGGAAACAAGAAGAAGUGAGAGUUG